AUGCGGUCGAUCUUUUCGGUCCUGCAACGGACCGCAGCAACCUCAUGGCAGCCGCCAAUCGCCGCGUCGAUUCGGGGUCCCCGGAUGGCGUUCAAGCUGGAUUCGAUUUGCGCCAGAUGUCGCCGUCAACAGAUUCGGUUCUAUAACAAGCAGCUGGCCGAUGAUCCGCGAUGGCUGUCGGUUGUGGAUCAACCUGCGCAAAUUGUUCGUACCGGGCGAAAACACGGACCAGGUUUGAUCAUCUUAGCUCUAAUUCCUAUCAUCUCGUUCGCGCUCGGCACUUGGCAAAUCCAACGCCUCGAUUGGAAGACCAAGCUGAUCGCAAAAUAUGAAGACCGACUCGUCAAACCUCCUCUUCCGCUGCCUCCACAGAUCGACCCAGACGCCAUUUCCGAAUUUGAUUAUCGACGGGUCUACACUACGGGACGCCUCCGACAUGACCAAGAGAUGCUCGUUGGUCCUCGCAUGCGCGAGGGUGAGGAUGGUUUUAUCGUUGUGACGCCGCUGGAGAGAGGGGAGGGAGAAAGCACUGUCCUGAUAAACAGAGGCUGGAUCUCGAAGAAAAUGAAGGAUCAGAAGGACAGGCCCGAGGGUCUCCCCCAGGGAGAGGUCACAGUCGAAGGCUUGCUACGGGAACCUUGGAAGAAAAACAUGUUUACGCCGGACAAUAAGCCCGAGGACGGAAAAUUCUACUUCCCUGACGUUGAACAGAUGGCUGAGAUUACUGGUAGCCAGCCGGUAUGGAUUGAAGAGACUAUGAUUGCGGACAUGGUUGAAUGGUAUAACAGAAGUGGCAAGGGUAUCCCUAUCGCUCGCGGCGCCGAAGUGAAUUUGCGAAACAAUCACAGCCAGUACAUCUUCACAUGGUACGGGCUGUGCUUCGCAACAUCAAUCAUGUUGUGGAUGAUCAUACGUAAAAGGCCCAAUGAGGCGACUCGUCGUGUUCGCCAAAAUGUAAAUUGGUGA